CUUUUUUAUGCACUGGAUAAACUGUUUAUAAAACCUAUAAACAAAUAAUCAUAUAAGUUAAUCAUAAUAAAAAAAAAAACGACUGAAUGGAAGUGGAAAGCAUUUAUUUUAAAUGCUGAAACUGUCUAUUUGUCUUUGUGUCUUUAUAAAUGACAUGAACACAAGGUCAAGUGUGAUUCAUCUUUCCUGGAAAACACUGUUUCUCUACUUCCUCUCGUCUUUAGUUCCUCCUCUUUUAUGCCUCUCUCUCUCUCUCUUCUCUGUUGUUCUGUUAACACAUUUUUCUGUUUGACUGUAAUAUUAUUAGAUAAACAGAAGUUGAUCGAUCGAGACUGUAUAAGCUAUGUGUGUUGAGUUUUGUUUCGUUUCGGGUUGAGCGACUCUAUCUGGAAAACACACACAUAUGGAUUCUUGCCAAAUAUGUGGUGGGCUGAGCAAGUUCCUGCCUUCGUCCCUGUGUGUUUUGUAGUGGAUUGCACCAUUGCAGGAGAAUCUCUGCCGAAAUGCAGAAGAUCAUAUUUCAGUAAGGUUGAAGCAGUAAUGGCAGCUGUGAGAGACAUGUAUGAAGGAGUGGAUGUUGAAAACAUGACUCCAGCAGAACAAAAGAGACACAGAGAGACGCAGCUGAACCAACAUCCAAACAUUCUCUUCAGAAUAAAUCGUAAAGACCGUCUGCAUGUUCUGCUCUUCAGACCCACGGGUGACAGCUGGUGGAUCAAUAUAAUUAAGGAAAAUUAUGGAGGAAUCUUUGCUCAGUGGACUUUCCAACAUGCUGAUAACCAGCCCAUUCGGCACGCGAUGAAUCUCUCCGGGAAUCGGGAUGAGCUGCAAAGAUUCUGUGAUGAGUUUCCAGACAAUCUGGAGGCAUUUCGUGCCCAUGUUCAGGAAAAUGAAGAUCAGAGAGAUCAGAGAGAAACAAUAGAAGAUCUCAGAGAAACAAUAGAAGAGCAGAAAGAAACAAUAGAAGAGCAGAGAGAAACAAUAGAAGAUGACAAUGCAGCAAUACAAGAUCUGGAAGAAAGAAUACGAGAACUCGAUUUAGAAAACAGAAGACUGAGACGACAACAUUUAAACCAUGAGAGACCAUGUUUUCCUCAGUAAAGAAGGACAUCAAGAUCUGCAUCUGUCUAGACCAGUGGAUAUUUCAGUAUAUCACCACGUAUUUUAUAUUUCUCCUAUGUUUGCAUGCACUACUUUUGUUUCAGUUUCAUUCCGAUAGUGUUUACAUGAACGCUAAAUACAUCGUGAUCAAGCUUUGAUAUGCGCACAUUUUAUUAUGACAGGACACACGUUCAUUCAACAGGAAGAACCGCGUGGUCUGCGCGUCAUACGUCAUUACGCUACUUCCGCGUCAUUGCACAUACGCUCUCCUUUCAGUUUCGGAUUUCAAUCCGAAUAUAUAUUAAUAAUAUAAUAUUCAGUGUAUGAAGUAAUGUACAUGUAUUAAUUUUACAUAUUUAAACCAUUUACAGUAAUUGGGUAGAAAGUAUUUCUUGUUUAAAAAUAUAUAUAUAUAUUUAAAUCUUUGUUCAUUAAAAUACGAAUAACCUCCUCAUUAGAAAUGUUUGUUGAUUAGAGGUUCUUAUACGGCUUUUUCUCAGUUUCUCUCAAAAUGUGCUUCACGGUUCAACAGGAAGUGCUGUCAGUUACGUUUUUGAUUUUCUGAUUAUACAUUAUUGUUUGUCACACUCAUAGCUUAGUUUUAUUUUUGCAUUAAAUGCUUUGUAUUGUAUUUGUAACUAAUAAAAUGAGAGAUUUUAUUGUUACGAUUGCCUCCCGUGAGACUUUACUUAUAACUACAAACUGAGCCUCAAGAACAACCACAAGGCAGUCUUCUACAUCAUUC